AUGACCAGAUCGAAAUCUCGACUCAAUCCCAUGCUUCUUUGCCUCAGCAUUUUCAUGUUACUUUUCCAGCCCUCCUUGAUGAUAGACACCAGAUGCCCUGAAGGUACCAAUAUCAACAAAACUAUACUCUAUGCGAGCAACUGUGUUUCAAAAGGAAUAGCUAUAGCCAAAUAUACCGAUACGGAUAAGGAGACAAUGUGCUGGUUUCCUGUGAUCUGUCCAGUAGGACACAUACGAUUCGAACUUCUAUCAACAUACUCAAGACCAUCGAGAUCUACCUUAUGUGGAGAAACGUGUCAGUGCCCAAAUUGGACUACUUCUUGUUCUUAUAGCAGGAAGUCUACUGGAAUACCGUCCAGAACAAGUGUGCUCCUUUCAACCGUCCUCGAAAUGCGAUUCUGUGAAGAAACUGGGGAUGUUCAACCAAAUACAAUUAUUCGACAACAGCUACUCCUGGUGAAGGAAAUCACUGUCAGCAUCAAAGAUUACCUAGACAAAUACGAUUUCAUAUGCAUUGACAAAAAAGGAUGGAGAAGACACCUAUUGGGCAGGCUACUAACGGGCACAUCCUACUUUUGCGAGAAGCACAAGUGUCACACUAACGCAAAGCUAUUUUGUACGUACGAUAACCCAAUCGCCGUAUACGUAACAAACGACACAGCCAACAUAUUCAAGGGAAAUAUCCCCAUAAAAGCAUGGGGUCCAGUCAUCAAAUCCUAUUAUGAAUAUCCUACUACCUCGCGUCUACCGGAUACCAACAAUAACAGAGGACUUAUCGGACUACACGAGAACACAUCUCUCACGGCAUCUUGCAUGAAAGGAGGAUUGGACUUGAAGUGCCAACGAAGUAACGACGUUGUUGAAGCCUGCAGCAAUCAUUACUGCAUCUUUGCGAAAUGUCCACAUAAUUACCUAACCUUUCCAAAUUCCAUCAUAAUGUACGAUUACAAGGUGAGAAUCAAAGUUUGGCAUCGCGGGGAACUUGUCUACGAGAAUGAACUCCACUGCCACGCCCAACCGAUAUGCGAAACUCUUCAGUGCCUUUUCUGCUGGGAACGCUUCUACAACACACAAUGCUGGACCGCCAUACAAAUAGCGCUGUUCUUAUCCACGUUCAUCCUCUGUGUCUUCCUGAUACGCUGUACCUGCCUUCUUCUCAAAGGGUUAAGAUGGGUCAUCAUGAGUAUCUUGCGUUGCAUCAGUGCCAUCAUCCUGCGAAAAAAGAAACAAAACAAACUUCGGUCUUACACCAGUCGACGGAGAAAACACGGUCUCAUUCUCACAUUGGUCACAGUAGUACUGCAAUUCUCCAUCACAAAUGCGUGUUCACAAGUGGUGACCUUGACUGCUCAUGAAAACACCUGCUCUUCUUCCGACGGCAUAGAAAAAUGUACCUUCAAUGAGAUAACGGUCAUAACUCUGCAACCACUUCAACAAGAAAGUUGUUUAACCCUUCGGAACGACCACCACCAAGCCAUUGCCACCGUCUCCAUCAGAAUCGACGGCAUAAAAUUCCGCUGCAAUCAGAACAUUGAAUUUUUCACUAGGGAUCACAAGCUUGUCGCCGAAUCAAUUCACCGAUGCUAUCUAGCCGGAAGUUGCGUGGAGAAGGCUUGUGAUCAGAUAUCUCCUCAACACCAACUGAAAGAGUUCUCCAAUCUAGCAAUUCGUAGUCCCGGGUAUACCUUCUGCGAAAAGAGCUGUGGAUGCUGGACGUGCGAUGGAUGCUUCUUCUGCCACCCUAGCUGUCUUUUCUAUAGAAUCUUCGCUAUACCGCGAACAGAAGAAGUAUACACCGUCUUCAAAUGCCCGAGUUGGGAAAUGGUUGUCGACGCAGACGUAUCCAUUCUGGAUAGCAAAACGACUCUUACGACAAAGCUGCGACUCACACCGGGAAGAUCUAUCGCAUGGAACAAUCUUCGAUUUAGUCUCAUAGGAACCACCGUACCUCAAUUACCAGUUCUCUCAUCAACCUUCAUAAAAGCACGUAACAGGGUUUCCAUCAUAAAAGCAGCAUCAAAAGGUCAACUCAUCGCCAACAGCGCAGGACAAUUGCAAUGUUCGACUAUCGAAGAUGCCAAGAAUUUUCGCUGCCAGUUUUCCAGCUCCAUAUGUCAAUGCACUCACGGUAUUCGCUCAGUUUCAUGCGUCUGCCCUCAACUGGACAUGAGCAAAAUAAUCAAUGCCAAACCACUUCCCCAGAUAUCGAAAAACUUCAUGAUUUUCUCGGAACAAGACACAAUAUACGCUAAGGCUAGCGUGGGAUCUGCCCUGCAAUUACACAUUGUAGCGGAGAACUUGAAAAUUACAUCGCGUUCCUCCAACAGCACUUGCGCAAUUGAAACAGGCGAUUUGAUUGGAUGUUACAACUGUUUCACAGGAGCAGAAUUGAGUGUAUCUGUCAAAGCAGUGAGGGAGAAAUCACAGCAAAUAUGGAAUGUUUUGCGAUGCACAACCAAAGGUCACCUCAACAAAAUACGUCUACACUUCCAAAGCCCAACCGUGUCUCAGAGCUGCUUAGUGUCUUGUCCAGGCGGAUCCACUAACAUCACCAUCAAGGGAAUGCUUCAAUUUUCCAAUGAGAAUCUUCUCACAGAAGAUGCGUCCUUACAGAACAGGGCUGGUAGAACAACGGAAAGCUCACUAUUUUUCCAGAAAUUUCCAUCAAUGGUAUUGAAUUUCUUCAAGAAAAUCCCACAGUUUUUCUCCUCACUAAGCAUGGUAAUCAAUUUUAUCAUUUUUCUGGUUCUUCUUUUCUUUAUCUUGUCUAUAUGCAAAACCACAGACACAUUACUCGGAUCCUUCUGUUCAGGAACACAUCAAAACAAAAAGUCUCUCUGA